AUGAGCAGCAGGCAAGGUGGAAGUCGUGCAUCCGAUGAGGAUGGCAAGACUGCGGUUAAAGUUGCCGUCCGUGUACGACCACCGCUGAAACCAACCGAUCCUGGUUAUGAAUUGAUUCCUCAGCGAUUUCAGAAAUCCACGGUCCAGGUCACUGCGCCAACCAGUUUGGCCGUUGAUGUGUCCGCUGGGCGCAAACUCUUUGUGUUUGAUCGCGUGUUUCCUGAAACUACCGAACAGGAAGGGAUCUGGGAAUAUGUCAGUGAUAGUGUCGACUCAUUUGUUGAGGGAUACAAUGUCUCGAUUAUGGCCUAUGGCCAGUCCGGCGCGGGAAAGUCCUUCACAAUGGGGACCUCCGGUCCUAUUGGGCAGCAUAACAUGCACGAUAUGGGCAUCAUCCCCCGUGCUGCGCAGGUUUUGUUUGAUAAAUUAGAUGGCCCCUCGAAACAUAAUCGGAAUAGCUCACACUCGAAUUCGGGCCUCCGAACGCCACAAAGAUAUUCACUAAGUUCCGCCGCAAAUUUUGGGAAGUUGAAUCAGGAAAAAGAAAAGACCUGGCAGCUGAAGGCUACAUAUGUGGAGAUCUAUAAUGAACACCUGAGAGAUUUGCUCCUUCCCGAAUCGACAAUUGCAAACGAUCGCAGCAACGUGACAAUUCGUGAAGAUACCAAGGGCCGCAUUAUUCUGACUGGGUUGCACCAAGUCAACGUUAACUCAUUUGAAGAUCUGAUCGGUGCCCUGAACUUCGGCUCGACCAUCCGUCAAACAGACUCCACGGCAAUUAACGCCAAAUCAUCCCGGUCGCAUGCCGUGUUUAGCUUAAACCUUGUGCAGCGCAAAUCUUCAUCAAAUCACGCGACUCCGAGCCCCAUGAAGGAGAAGCGCAUGUCGAUUCCAUCCGACACAUUCCACGCUGGGGAGUCAGUAACUGUUGAUAGUAAAUUGCACUUUGUGGAUCUGGCGGGAAGUGAGCGGCUGAAAAAUACCGGUGCAUCUGGAGAACGCGCGAGGGAGGGAAUCUCGAUUAAUGCCGGUUUGGCCGCACUGGGCAAAGUCAUUUCACAACUCUCCUCGCGCCAACAGGGCUCUCACGUCUCCUACCGGGAUUCAAAGCUUACCCGACUGCUCCAGGAUUCACUCGGUGGAAACGCUUACACGUACAUGAUUGCUUGUGUGACUCCCGCCGAAUUCCACCUCAGCGAGACUUUGAACACGAUUUCAUAUGCCCAGCGGGCCAGAGCUAUUCAGAGCAAACCUCACAUCCAGCAAAUUGCAGACGACGGCGACAAGCAGGCUUUGAUUGAGCGACUCAAGUCCGAGAUAUCUUUCUUGCGCCUGCAGAUUCACAACUCUGAAGGAUCCGAGCGACGUGAAGGAGGAUCCACCGAACGAAGCGAACGGAAGAACGAUCGUGAAAAGCACUUGCAGAAUCAGUUGUUGGACAUCCAGGAAAACUACAAUUCUCUCAGCCAACGUCACGCUAAGCUGAUUUCGAAUAUGGCUAACGAUUCGCAUUCACAUACCACUAAUGGCGAUUUGGACGACGCGACCUCUGAGAUUGGGAAGAACUCGGUCGAGAGAAUGCAACGGUCCAAGUCCUUUGCCGAGUCGGUGGAGCAGAUGGUUUUGGAGUACGAAAAGACGAUUCAAAGCCUGGAGUCUUCACUCUCUGAAACACGCGCCUCCCUUUCGAUCACGGAGAGUGAUCUACUUGAACGUGAGACCAAGUGCGCCUAUAUUGAGACUAUCAAGGAACAGCUUCAGACCCGCGUCCAGAAGUUGACGGACCGGGAACUCAGCACCGAGAACUACCUCCACGAAUUGGAGUCCAAGCUUGAUGGCCACUCUACAGGCGAAGAGAAGCACGCUGCCAUUGUUGCCGAAUUGCGGAAAGAAUUGAGCCGGGCUCGCGAAAGCGAAGCCAGCUGCGAGGAAUACAUCUCGACACUUGAAGAACGACUUGCGGAGAGUGAUCAGGACAUGGAACUUAUGCAGCGCGAGGUGGUACGUUUGGAACAUGUCAUUGAGCGCCAGCGAGGCCUUGGGCAGCUAGACCGCCUACUCGGCGAGAUGGACCAACCGGAUGGUGGAGAUAGACACAAUGGUGCCAGCGGCAUUAACUACUCCCACUAUCACCAGCCUAGGGGUAUGCACCCCUCUCAUAGACAUGCGCCCUCUCUGGAUGUUCUCAAUGAAGCAGUUGAGACGGCCAUUCCGGAAUCAGAUGAGGAUUCUGUCGAGCCGACUGUAGAAGCCGAACUGGAGUCCAUUGGAGAAUCAGAGCGCGAGACAGGUGAGGACUUGAAGGUCCUGGAAAGCGUGACCAGCAGGCUGGGCAAGCUGGAGGCACGUCGCUCGGAAGCUCUUCACGAGGAGCCCCUCGCAAGUCCCGCCCAGUCCAAGUUCGUUGCCGACAAGCUUGAGACUAUCACGCAGGAGCUGUUCGAUCUGCGUCUACAACACGAGAACACCAUUGGUAACUAUGAGAACCUUGAAUCCAAGUACGAGCAGGCUCUCAAAGCCCUUGAAGAGCUUCGCCAAGAUAAGAUUGACGAAGCCCGCCACCCGGCACCCGACGUUCAAAACGAACUUUCGCCGCGCCCGGCGACUUUUUUAGGGAAUGGAGGCACUCCGACUUCGAAGGCUGGACCACAACACUCAUCCUCGCAAUCACUCUCUUCGGAGUUAUCCUCGGUCGGGGAGCAAUCUACUUUGCGCGCAUUGUCUGAGGACGGAUCCAAGGCGGUUUCAUCCGCGCCCUCAACCCCGCAGGUGCUGUCCGUUGCUAAUGCAGACUCUGAAGAGUUCGAAAACAUGCGCAAGAUGCUUGCCGAGCAUCAGGAGAGCGCGGAGCUCAUGGCCGAGAAAUAUAAUGAGUUGCAAAACGAGCAUGAUCAGAUUCUUUUACUGGUUGAAAGGUUAAAGGUUGAGGCUCACCGCGCCAAGUCAAACUCGCCCCCUGCAACCCCCGGUUUUAAAAUGCUCCGCCGCAUGACUAGCCAGAACAUACUGUCAGGUGUUGACCGUGCAACCCGAGCCCUUACUGGUCUACGUCUCCUUGCGUCCGAGGAGUUUGCUGGCAAGCCGGACGCUAUGCUUAACUUCGACUACCAUCUGGAUCAAACCAUGCACGAGUUGCAAAGCCGUAUGGAGCGCCUCCAAUCCCUUGAAGCUGAGAACCAGAGCGUGAAGAAAGAGAUGGAAAUGAAAGCGACUAUUAUCUCCGGCCUGACCAGAGAACGGUCGAGUUUACAGGGCUCCUCGCCUGUGGACAUGGCUCUGGUGUCGCAACUGCGUGAUCAGGUCAUCUCCCAGGAAAUACAGAUCAACCGCCUUCGAGAUGCUCAUGAAUCUCGCCAAAAAGAGCUGUUGAACGAGAUCAAUUCGUUGAAGGGUCUUUUAAAGUCUCAGGAAAGCGCUACCCGUGCAAUGGAUGCCGGUGCCGAGAAGCAGGACAAGAAUAUCGAUGCUUUGAGGGGAGAACUUAGGGAGUGGAAAGGCAAACACAAGAGUGCUUUACAGUCCCUUCAAUCCUCGGAGUCGCAGCUCACCACGACUCUUGCUGAGCUCGAGAGUGCUUUGGCUUUGGUAGCUGCUAUGCGCUCUGAGCGCGCUGCCACCGAUGCCGACUCUACUGGAAAAGAAGGCGCGGCUCGAGAGAUUGAGGGUGGCCGCGCUGAACAGCAGGCGCUUGUCGACAGCUUGAUGAAGAACAUCGAGGACCACAAGUCUACUAUUGCUACUCAGCUUGCUACAAUUGCCACCUUGGAAAGGUCUCGCUCCGAUGCCCGGGAUCAACUGACUUUGCAGACCACUGUCCAGGAAGGAACCAAUGCCAGCGCUGUUGACUUAGAUAUGUCUUCUCGGAUGGCCGAGCUUGAGCAGCUAAUUUCUACUCACAAGUCGGUCGUGGACUCUCACAAGCAUGAGCUGGAUACCCUCCAGAAAUCUCACAAGCGCGAACUGGUCGAGUUGGAGGAGCGGACUAAGGCUGCUGCCCAGGCCGAGUGCGAUGCUCGUCUCGCCAAGAAAGAUGCUGAACAUGAGCAAUCCAUGGCGACUUUACAGAAUGAAAUUGCCGAGUCUCGCGAUGAGUUGGUUAAGCUACUCAAGGCUGUGUCGACUCUUCUCAACACCGAAGUAUCGGCCGAGAACCUAACGGAUCAAAUCCAAAAUGUUUUGGCUCAGAAGCAGCACUUCUCAGACAAGUAUGCUGAGCUCAUGGGCACUAAUGAAGACCUUCGCAAGCAGCUGGAUGCCAAUGCAGACUCUGAGAGCCGUCUGGACGAGUUAACCAAGAAGAACAACAUCCAGGACGCCAAGGUUAAUGAGCUGGCUCUCUUGGUAGCUACGUUGGAGGACACUCUUCGCAUGAAGGAGGAACAGAUCAAGAAGAAGGAAGCCCUAAUUGAGGAGAUCACGGUUGAGAAGCAGAAGAGCGUGCGUCUUGUGGAGGAGCUAGAGGAGCAAAUCACAAACAGCUUCGAUCAGCAUCACAAUCGUUUGUCCAUCAUUCAGCAAGAGCGUGAUCAGGCCCUGGAAGACGCCAAGGCCAAGAUUGUCAUCUACGAAGGUGACAUCGAGACUUAUCAAGUUCGGAUCGAGCAGCUUGAGCUUCAAAUCAAGAACACUGGAAACUCCGACGGCUCCCACGACCGCACCGGCUCUCCCACAUCCAACCUCCGCAAGAGCUCUUCCGCUGCUACCCUUCCCUCGCCUCCACCGGCGAUCCCUCUCCCUCCCCUUCCUACCAUUGCCUCUCACCCAAACGGCACUUCAAGCGUGUCCCCGCCCAACUCUCGGCAUGCCAGCAAAGAGCUAUCCAACGCUCAGAUGGUCGAGGAUCAGGAAGCUCGAAUCCGAACCAUCGAGAAGCACCUGUACGCCGAGAAACAGCUGACCGCCACCUUGGAGGAAGCUCUCGGCGACCUUGAAGCCCAGAGCACCAAGAUCAAAAGCGACUGCGAGGCCUGGAAGAAGAAGGCCUGGAGUUUCGAGGAUGAACUUAACUCCCUCCGCAAGGAACGCAACUCUGCUCGUCUGUCCCUCCAGGCCGUUGAAGAGGAGCGUAGUGCCCGCCGUGAAGCCGAGGCCGCGCGCGCUCAACUUGAAGAGCGCAUGCUCGCCCUUAACAAGAAAAAGAAGAAGAGCAGCCUCAACUGCUUUUAG